CUACAAGCAACGUCAACUUCCUAGAUUUGUAAGCUUAUGAUUUACAAGUACUUUUUCUACUGAACACUACGUUUACAAUAAAUAAUUGAUUAUUAGAUCACAUUUUGUAUGGAGAGCGAAGAAAAUGUGGUCAUUUUUUAGCCGAGAUCCUGCGAAGGAUUUUCAUUACGAUAUUGGAGAGAAAGUUUUAGGACUCGAAGAUAAAUCUAUUUGGACUUUACACCGAGGAAAGAAAAAGGGUUCAGGAGAUCCAGUUUCUAUAUUUGCAUUUGAUGUAAAAGGAUCAAGCGAAGCUCUUAUUCAGACAGCGAAAGCUUCUUUAAAAAGGCUAAAGACUCUUAGACACCCGAACAUUUUAACAUUUCUUGAUGGUGUUGAGACUGACAAGUUUAUAUAUUUUGCAACUGAGCCAGUGGUGCCACUUGAAACAUAUCUUCAAGAAAAUGACAGUGAAGGCCACAAUGAGAUUGCAAUUUCUUGGGGGCUUCAUCAAGUUGUGAAAGGCUUAUCAUUCCUGGUAAAUGACUGUAAUUUAAUCCACAACAAUGUGUGCAUGUCCUCUGUGUUUGUGGACCCAGCUGGAGAGUGGAAGCUGGGAGGGGUGGACUACAUGUACCCUGCCCAGGGGCCUGACAGUAUCCCACCUGUCAAACUUCUGCCACUGCUAGAGAGAUACAACUCCCCAGAGAAAACAGAGGGAAAAAACAUCAAGGCAGAAAAAUGGGCUGCAGAUAUGUGGGGUCUUGGUUGUCUCAUAUGGGAAGUUUUUAAUGGAACUUUACCAAAAACUGUAUCAUUAAAAUCUCCUGGCAAGAUUCCUCAAAGCUUAAUAGCAAACUACUGUGAACUUGUUGGAGCAAAUCCUCGAUCAAGGCCCAACCCAGCCAAAUUUAUUGAAAACUGUCGAGUGAGAGGUGGAUUCAUGCAUAACACAUUUGUUGAUUCAAUGCUCUUUCUAGAAGAAAUCCAGAUCAAAGAUCAACUGGAAAAAAAUUCAUUUUUUGCUAGUCUCACCCCAUCACUGGAUUCUUUCCCUUCCUUGUUUUGUCGCAAUAAAAUUCUGCCCCAGCUGCUGAAUGCUUUUGAGUAUGGAAAUGCUGGUUCUUCAAUAUUGGCCCCCAUGUUUAAGAUAGGAAAACUUCUAGAUGCUGAAGAGUACCAGAAAAAAAUUGUCCCGUGUGUUGUCAAACUUUUCACUUCACCAGACAGAGCAACCAGAGUCAAGCUGUUACAACAGAUUGAAUUCUUUGCCGAGCACUUACAGAGCAGUACAGUGAAUGAUCAAAUCUUCCCUCAUGUCAACAGUGGUUUUAUGGACACGAACCCCAUGGUUAGGGAGUGUACCAUCAAGGCUAUGCUUCACUUGGCACCAAAACUGAGCUAUAAAAAUUUGAACGAGGAGCUGAUGAGACAGUUUGCCAGACUCCAGGCCAAGGAUGACCAGGGUGGUAUCAGAACCAAUACAACAGUGUGUUUGGGAAAGAUUGCCUGCUACAUCAAUCCUGCUAUUCGUCAGAAAAUUCUUUGUUCUGCCUUUAUGCGGGCCAUGAAAGAUCCAUUUCCCCCUGCCAGACAAGCUGGUAUCUUGGGUAUAGCUGCCACACAGAACUUCUACAGCCUGUCAGAGGUGGCGUCCAAGCUCCUCCCCUCCCUCUGUAUGUUAACACGUGACCCAGAGAAAACUGUCAGAGAUCAGGCAUUCAAGACAAUAAAAGGGUUUAUUGCUAAAUUGGAAAAAGUUUCAGAAAAUCCUGAAUUAGAAGAAGAAUAUGAGAAGGAAGUCUCCUCUGGUACAGCAACUGCAGCCUCAGGCUGGGCAGGUUGGGCUGUCACUGGCAUGUCUUCUCUAACCUCCAAGAUCUACAGUAAAACACCCAAGCCACAGGAAGGUGGAGCUGCUUCAGCACCUCACCAAGCUGCUGUGAAAAAAUCUCCUUCAGCCCCAGAGAAGGUUGGCACAGUUUCACCAUCAGUGGUCACACAACACGUGGAUACUAGCAUGGAGAAGAUAGAAGAGAAAACCUCUGGUGAUGGCUGGGAGGAUGAGGACUGGGGGGAUUUAGAUGACUCCACUAGUAUAACAAAGCAAGAGACUAAUGAUGAGAAAGAUGAUAAUGUGAAAGAUGAUUGGGAUGAUGAUGACAACUGGGGUAGCCUGGAGGACUCACCUACCAAGAAAGCUCAAGAGGCAAACAAAAGCACUGAUGUUCUCAAACCAAAGCCAAAUGAGUUUGUCUCUACCCAGCACACUGGUCUUCCAACUACAGGCUCUUAUGACUGGGGAGGGACAGGAGCUGAUGAUGAAUUUUUUUCCACUGUUGGGGGUGCCAGGAAAUCAAAUUCAAGAUCCACAACUCCGCUGCGAGAGACGGCCAGUACAGCCAAGUCAACAGUGUCCAACAAACCAGUGGCAGCGCAGACAAAAACUUCAGUCAAAAAAGUCAAACAAGAGGAUGAUGGGUGGGGCAUGGAAGACAAGGCAGGAGGGGGAUGGGAUGAUGGAGGGGGAUGGGGAGGGGACAACUGGGAUGACAUUGGAGAAACAGAAUCACAGGCUGAUAGACUGAAGAGAGAGAAAGAGGAGAAGAAGAGACAGAGGCAGAGAGAGCUGCAAGAGAAAAGAGAAGCAAGGAAGGAGGGAGGUGCUAUGAAGUUAGGGGCCAAAAAAAUUGUCGACCUGGGUGAUCUCUCUUGAUAUGACGAAGUACCAGACCAUUAUGGUCAGUGUUGCAAGGGUCUGUACCCUGAUCCAGGUGAAAGAAAACAUAUCCAGCUACCUGUUGGCCAGUCAAGUGUCAGCAUGCAGGGACAGUGUAAAUGUGCAAUUCUGCAUCUGUGCAUUGGCUAGUUGAUAUUCUAGAACAAGUGUCCACUUCAUAGUUUGACUUGUAGAUAAAUAUUUAUUUGAAUCGUCUGGCUGGAAUAGUAAACAAAUCUGUAUAAAUGCUGAUCUUUUUGUUUCAUACAUAACAUGACGACGUUUGGAUGUGAUUUAGCAAUAUUUAUUUUUAUCCUGAUGGUCUACCUGCACAGAUCUUACAUUAAAAUGUAAUACAUUAUAUAAUCUUAUGUAGCCAGGUGAACUUUGGGAUGCUCUACACAUACAGGAAAGAUUUGCGCAGAGUUUCUCUCUUAAGGUUUUAUAUGUAUGUGAUCAUCAUCACUUUAUGAAGCUUGUUGCAGUGCUUGAUUAUUUCUUGCUGCUUCUUUAGAAGCUCUACAGACCAAAUGGGCUGUGGAGCUUGGAUGUUCAUUUAGGGAUGAGAUGGCUUAUCAGAGCUGUGACUAUAGGGAUCAUGUAAUAAGGAUGACUGUAAAGUAAUCAUGUAAUGAGGAUAACUGUGAAGUGAUCUGCAUUUAGGAAAUUGUAUGUUGAAAGAGAUCAAUAAAUCUCUGGUAGUUAUCUAUAGGAGUGAAAGGUGUUAUCUCAAAAAAGUAAGAUAAUACAGUUGUAUCACUUGUAAUGGCAUUAAUCCAGUUGGCUGUGGGCUUGGUUAUUUUUUACUGGCCAAAAUUUUGACUUUGUUUUUUGAACAGCCUUACAUAAACUAAAGCUUUUUAGCUUUUUUUUUUUGGAUUGUCU